GUGAGGGUUGAGUACAAAAUAGUACAUUCCUCCUAAGAAUUUUCUUUUGUUUAUUUUACUUUUCUUGCACUUAGGGUGAAAUCGAGCCAAAGAAUCUAGAAUUACCACAGUAUGGAGAACCUUACACUGAUUUCAGAACUAUAAUUUAAAUAUUUGUUUAUAGUUAAAAAUUAAACAUAAGCAGUUAUCUAAGUUGGAGAGGAUUUAAGAUAAAGAAGCUGUUCUGUAUGCACAGAUUUUCUUCAUCAUGAAACAAGUAUCAGUUCUUUUGUUUAUAUUAUACCUGUCACAUCAUGUUUUUUCAGGAACGCAAAACAGUUACUUGAUAAAUGAAUGUGUGAAGAACAAUUACACAGAUCAUUCUUGUGAGAAAGUUUUUUGUCAGCCUUGGCAGAAGUGUAUACAAGGAAACUGUUUCUGUAAACUACCUUACCAGUGCCCCAAAAAUGGCACUUCAGUUUGUUCCAUUACUGGGAAGAGCUUCCUAAAUUAUUGUCAGCUGAAAAGUUUUGAAUGUCAUCGUAAGUUCAGCAAAUUUUUGAGCAGGGGAAGGUGUAACCCUGAAGCUCAUUUUAACGUUCUGUUGGAUCCUAAAAAUGCAAGCUCAGAAGGAUUUAUUCAAGUUGAACUGAACAACUCAGUGAAAGCAUUUAUAUGUGGGAAUGGAUUAAGCAUGAAUGAAGCAAAUGUGAUCUGCAGGCAUCUUGGUUUUGCAGAAGGAGCUGAUGGCAAAGAUUCUGUUGUGUCAGAUGAUAACCUGAACCCACAGGAAUGCCUUAAAGCAACUUGCAGAGGGAUGGAGACGAAUCUAGCCGAAUGUGGUUUAGGAAGAGUGAAUUUGACCAAUGGGAAGUUGGCUAAGGUGAUAUGCCAUACAAAACACAGAGGCUGUAACUCCAGAGAAUUCCGCUGUGUCAAUGGAAAAUGUAUCCAUUCAGGAAAAACGUGUGAUGGAAUCAAUGACUGUGGUGACCUAAGUGAUGAAUUAUGUUGCAAAGCAUGCAGAAAGAAGAGUUUCCAUUGUAACUCAGAUGUGUGUAUUCCAAACAGCUAUGUCUGUAAUAACGAAUUGGAUUGCCUAACAGGAGAAGAUGAACACUACAAAUUGUGUGAUAAAACUGGUGAAACUAAGGAAGAAAAAGCAAAUCAAGUAGUAGAGUCCAUGGAUGAAGAAAGAAAAAAAAUGAAGACUUACUUCCCCGUACUAUCCUGUGGCAUUUCGAACUAUACAAUUACUCGUCGGAAGAGAAUCGUAGGUGGAUUUACUGCAGAACUGCAUGAAUUUCCUUGGCAAGUGGCCAUUAGAGGUGAAGGGGAAAGAGUGAACUGUGGUGGGGUGUACAUUGGAGGCUGUUGGAUUUUGACCGCUGCACACUGUGUUCGGAGAAGCCGUCUCCAUGUUUAUAAGAUAUGGACUGGAAUGUUACACUCAAUAACAUUCAAUCCUGGGAUGGAAACAUUUUCUUUAAAUCAAGUGAUAAUACAUGAGGACUAUAAUGCCAAAACAUACGAAAAUGAUAUUGCUUUGCUGGAGAUGAAAACUAAAAACAAGGGGACUCCAUGUUCUCCACCUAAUACUGUGCCAGUAUGCAUUCCCUGGUCACAAUAUAUGUUCAAAGGUGGUCAACAGUGUAAAGUAUCUGGCUGGGGACUUGAUGAAGAACAUACAAGGCAAUAUCCUCUUAAAUGGGGCUACAUUUAUCUAAUGGAUAACUGUUCAGAAAUCUACAAGAAUCGGUAUUUCAAAGGAAUGGAAUGUGCUGGUACCCAUGAUGGUUCUGUAGAUUCCUGUAAAGGUGAUUCAGGAGGACCUUUGGUUUGUUAUGACCCUAAUAAUGUGGGAUAUCUUUGGGGUAUUGUGAGCUGGGGUGAAAACUGUGGUGAAAAGGGGCAUCCUGGGGUUUAUACAAAAGUGGAACAUUAUUUUGAUUGGAUUAUUCGUCAUACUGGAUCAUCUAUCAUUUCCAAAUAUAAUUUGUGAUUUUUAGAAUGCAAAUAUUUCCCCUUUCUACCUGCGUUAAUGAAACAAAGAUCAUCUGGGAAACUGGUGAGUCCAUUCAGCGAAUACUAAGCAUUUAAAAUCCAACUGAUUUAACUGAGAGACAACUACAUUUCCUGUACAGUCUGAAGCUUCUUCUUUUUUUUUUUUUGGUGCCUUCAAGUCAGUCUUGAUUCCUAGCGAGUGCCUGGACAAGUCCCUGCAGUUUUCUUGGCAGGAUUUCAGAAGUGGUUUGCCAUUGCCUCCUUCCUAGGGCUGAAAGAGAGUGACUGGCCCAAGGUCACUCAGCUGGCUUCGUGCCCAAGGCAGGACUAGGUCUCCCAUUUUCUAGCCUGAUGCCUUAACCACUACAUCAGACUGGGAAUGGUGGAAUUUUUUGAAACUUCUUCCUAAGUAGAUGUGUAUAAGGGAAGAUUUUAAGCCUGUUAAAAUCUCUAGUACUUAAAAUGCUUACUUCAAUAUGGAUUACAUCCCAGAGGAAGAGCUCUAAUGACUUGUAAAAUGUUACAUUUAAUGGCUUUAAAAUUUGCUGACUAUUUAGAAACAACUGCUGUGUUUUAAUGUAUUCACCUUGUAUAUUCAAAUAAAAAUGAUGCAUGCCACAAGCAA